AUGGCUGUGGUGCCAGAAAAUCUGGAAUGGUCUCUCACGGUCCCGAGCGUAAAAGAGCUCGUGAUCCAACUUCCGGCGACCGUGCCAACUCGAUACAUAAGAGAUGAGAAGGACGCCCCUAUUGCUCCGGUCUCUGAUCCUUCCGUUUGCAUACCCUUGAUCGACAUGGCAAAGCUUGUCAAUCCAAAGGACAGAGAAAUGGAGCUUCAGAAGCUUCAUGUUGCAUGCAAAGACUGGGGGAUAUUUCAGAUAAUAAACCAUGGAAUAUCUGAUGAAUUUCUAAAGCCAGGAAGUCUUGAAGGUUAUGGUCAAGCAUUUGUUGUCUCUGAAGAUCAGAAGCUAGAAUGGAAUGACAUGAUUUUCCUUAAGGCUCUUCCCACUGAGAAUAGGAAAUUAGAAUUUUGGCCAGAACUACAACCUCACAAGUUCAGGGAAACCAUCCACACAUACUCAGAGAACAUGAGAGAUACUACAGUUUCCAUAGCAGGCUUCAUAUCCAUGAUGCUUGGCCUUAAAGCAGAAGAACUGUCCAAGGCUUUCCAAGAUGGGGGAUAUGACCUGAGAUUGAACUGUUACCCUCCAUGUCCGGAAUCGGAACGAGUUCUCGGCAUCGCUUCACAUGUCGACAUAAGCAGGAUCACCCUCUUGCUCGACUGCGGCGACACACCGGGAUUACAGGUCUUGAAGGAUGGCCGUUGGGUUUCUGUCAAACCAAUAGCUGAUGCCCUUGCUGUCGACAUUGGCACUAUUAUGAAGAUAAUGAGCAAUGGGAUAUACCAAGCGCCAUUACACAGAGCAGUGGUACACAGUUCGAAGGAGCGAUUGUCAGUAGCAACUUUCUGCUACCCCAGCACCAAUGUCCAUAUUGGCCCAGCCAAAGAGCUGAUCAAGCCAGGAACCCCAGCUCUAUACAUGACCCUCACAAUGGAUGACUACAUCCAGAGAUUUUUCGAUUGGAAGCGUGAUGCCAUUCCAUUUAUCGAUACCUUGAAAAUCUAA